CUCCAACCUGCAACCUCCAGCCAUUCAGGCAAUAAAAGUUAGGAGAGAACAUGUUACCUCGGGACCACUAUUGGAACUGGCUGGCUGUGACGGUCGGCAUGCUUCUAGGAGUGAGGCCUUCAGCUUGCAGGGAUUUAUCUGGUGGGCGUCCAAACAUCCUUCUUCUGAUGGCAGAUGAUUUUGGCAUUGGUGACAUUGGCUGCUAUGGCAACAAGAGCAUCAGGACUCCAAAUAUUGACCGCCUCGCAGAGGACGGUGUGAUGCUUACCCAGCACGUGGCAGCUGCAUCAGUGUGCACCCCAAGCAGGGCUGCUUUCCUAACGGGCAGAUACCCUCUCCGAUCAGGUAUGGUUUCCAGCAAUGGUUAUCGUGUUGUUCAGUGGACCGGAGCAUCUGGAGGGCUCCCAACCAAUGAGACAACUUUUGCAAAAAUAUUAAAAGACAGAGGAUAUGCCACUGGGCUAAUAGGAAAAUGGCAUCUGGGCCUCAACUGUGACUCUUCCAAUGAUCACUGCCACCACCCCAUCAGCCACGGAUUUGACCAUUUCUAUGGAAUGCCGUUUUCCAUGAUGGGAGAUUGCAUCCACUGGGAACUGUCGGAGAAGCGUGCAGGCAUGGAGCACAAACUCCACGUCUGCUUCCAAAUCAUGGCCUUUGCUGCCCUCACACUCACCACUGGGAAGCUCACCCAUCUGACAUCGGGCUCAUGGACACCGGUCAUCUGGUCGACCAUUGCCGCCAUCUUGCUCUUUGUGACCUCCUGUUUCAUAGGGGUCCUGAUUGUUCAUGCAGACUGCUUUCUGAUGAGAAACCACACCAUCACGGAGCAGCCCAUGCACUUUCAAAGGACGACGCCUCUUGUUCUUCAAGAGGUCUCAUCCUUUGUCCAACGGAACAAGCACAGACCUUUCCUCCUCUUUGUCUCCUUUCUACACGUGCACACCCCUCUGAUCACUACGGAGAUGUUCCGUGGGAAGAGCGUGCACGGGCUGUACGGGGAUAACACAGAAGAGAUGGACUGGAUGCUGGGGAAGAUCCUUGAUACUUUGGAUAUGGAAGGUUUGACCAAUAGCACUCUUGUUUAUUUUACGUCGGAUCAUGGGGGAUCUUUAGAGGCUCAACUCAGAAACAACCAAUAUGGCGGCUGGAAUGGAAUCUACAAAGGUGGCAAAGGGAUGGGGGGCUGGGAAGGUGGGAUCCGCGUCCCAGGGAUCUUCCGGUGGCCUGGGGUGCUGCCGGCCGGCCGAGUGAUCCACGAGCCCACCAGCCUGAUGGAUGUUUUCCCCACCGUGGCCCAGCUGGGGGGCGGUGAGGUGCCCCAGGACAGGGUGAUCGAUGGCCGGGACCUGCUGCCCUUGCUGCUGGGGACAGCACAGCACUCUGACCACGAGUUCCUGAUGCAUUACUGUGAGAAUUUCCUGCACGCAGUCCGUUGGCACCAACGGGACAGAGGAAGACUAUGGAAAGUGCACUACACAACCCCAGUGUUCCACCCAAAGGGCGCCGGUGCCUGCUACGGGAGAGGGGUCUGCCCGUGCUCUGGAGACCAAGUGGCCCAUCACGACCCACCUUUGCUCUUCGACCUGUCCAGAGACCCCUCCGAAGCCCAUGUCCUCACCCCCGACACGGAGCCCUUGUUCCAUCAGGUGUUGGACACGGUCGCACGGGCUGUGGAGGAGCAUCGCCAGACGCUCAGCCCGGUUCCUCUGCAGCUGGACAUGCAGGGCAACACCUGGAAACCGUGGCUCCAGCCCUGUUGUGGCCGGUUCCCCCUCUGCUGGUGUGACCGGGAAGGUGACCCAGAAUUACUGCCUGCUGGGGAGCGCUAG